AUGGACGAAAAAGAAGAGAAAGAAAUCUCCCCAGCUACAGGUGAAGAGAUGAAAAAGCACGAGAAAUGGGGACGCAAGGGUCUCACCAAUGAGCAACAGGUCACAUACUGGAAACAGGUGAUAUACUGGAAUAAAGAACGAUUUACAGAAGCCAAAUGGAGAGAGGCUGUCCGUCGGAUAGCGCGAGCUGCGAAAGAAAACAAUGUUAUUGUGUUUGGCUGGCAUCCGCCGCCGCCUACACACUCGAUCAACACAUUGGGAGGACACCCGCUAUUCCCAUAUGGCUCUUCCUCGCUCACAUCGCUCACGAGCGCACACCCGCUACGACCAGCACAUCUGCCGCGCAUCGCUACAUCAUCAACAAUCUCACGACCGCGCUGGGAUGUCGUACAAUCCGGCCCCGUCACCCCAUUGUCCGCCACAUUAGGCCCAACCAAGAAUGCCUUUGCUGAAGGAGGAUUCUGGGCAUCGCUCUCGCCAAAGACACCCGCAACUGCGAUUCCUGCAGCAUCGACGCCCAUCCUCUGCGCCAACCGGCUGGCACUCGAUCGGCUGUCUCAUAGCGAAUACGAUGUCAUCCACCCGUCCAUGGUGAAGCCGAAAGAUGAGUUGUUGGCUGCAGAGCUGACUCUGGAAUCCCGCCAGCUCGACCUCUCGAAGCAUCUAGACCCAGACCUCCCCGCAAAGGUUGACCGAUUUGCUGAUGAUGAAGCAACAUGCGUCCGGUACUACAGCAUUAAAACCGCAGAGGAACUGGAGGACAUUGACACUUGGCUGCAAUUCAACGAGAGCACAGGCGAGUUGACCAACGUCCUUGAAGCACAGCGCGAUCUCUUCCGCAUGAACCGUGAUCGCCGCAAGACUAAAGACAUCGGACUUAGCGAGCAAGCAGUGCAGCUAGCGUGGGCGGCAAAGAUAGUCAGUGAUACAGAGUACAUUACUGCCAGCCGGGCAGAAGCCGAGAGUGUGGAUAGCGAUAGUGACGACGAAGGUUAUGAUUACAGUAACUUUGUGCGUAGUCUGCGCAGCAAGGCAAGUAGUAUUCUCGGCGAAGAUGUGGAACGGGAAGAGUACAGGGAGUCUGGCUCUGCGCGCUCGAGCGACUCGCCCAUGUUACCAAGCUACCUGGCAACUCGCACGCUGCCCCUACGAUCCCUCGACUCCAACACGCCCUCUUCCUCGUCGUCGACCUUCUUCCUCACACCCCCAGCUCCACCGCCCAAAAACAAAAUCUCGUCUUCCCACCGCAAAAACCUCAGCAUCAUCACACACGCACACAGUUCGGCCGUCUCAUCCACAGCCUCGGUAGCCAGCUCUGAGCCUCUCAGCCCCGAAGAGCGAGGCAUGCGACACCAGGGCCCCAGCAUGGACGAUCUGAAUACCUGGGCGGACGAGUUGAGGAAAAUGGAGAGGAAGAGGACCGAGAUGAGGCUGGUUGGU